GAUACAACAAUUGAUUGUCUGUACCUGAACAACAAACAUCUCCACAAAAGUGUUCGGAGAACGAGGUUCAACUCAGCACAAUACAGCACAACUCAAAGUAAGGGGAGAAAGAAGGAAGAAAGCAAUCGCGCUGUUUUGCAUAAGAUUGCUCUGUGAAUAAUGUUGUAUUCCGCUGUACGAAUGAACAAGCCAAACUUUUUAUUGACCUGUAAAUCAUUCACCGUAUCUUUCCUGCAGCAAGGUCGUACAGUCGGUUCUUCUUCGGCCUCGGCAAAAGCAAAACGAGACUUGUCGUCGAUUCUACCUCGGUCGGUCCCAAAAGCGACAGCCACUAUCAAAAAUAGAAUCCUGUUCACAAACCGAAACAAUAAGAACAUUGUGAAGAGAACCAUGAGCAGCAGCGGCGGCGGCGAUUUUCGGGCAUGGAGGGUUGAAGAAACCGAAGAUGGAGGGUUUGUUGGCAGCGAGCAGAUUCUAAGCCAUUGCGCCGACGAUAUCGACGAAAACAAAGGAAAGCGUGUUUUGAUCAAGGUGACCCAUUCGUCGCUGAACUACAAGGACGCACUCAGUGCUUCCGGGAACAAGGGAGUAACCCGCAAGUUUCCUCACACGCCCGGGAUAGAUGCGGCCGGGACCAUUGUUGGAGACCCCAACAGCAACUACAACGCUUCCGCAUUGGUGACCGGCUACGUACGUACAACUACAGCGAGCUUAUAUGAAAGGAAACGGAACUGACGCUCUGUACUAUGUUUAUCUCUUUCAGAGAAACAGAGUUGUAUGGACAAUAACGGGAAAACUAGCGGAAUCAUACGGAAGUUCUGACAGUAUCACUGGAAAAACUCAUCACAUUGUUUUUGUUUUGUUGGGCUUUGAUCUGUGCUCAUAAUAUUGAUGCCCUCUCUAUUGGGUUACGUGUGUACCAUCUCUGAAUCAUCUCCUGCGAUUUACAUUGCUUGGAUUCGUUCGUUGCCCGCUACGCAUAUUUACUUAUGCUACUUUGUUCUUCGUUGAUCGACUCGAUCAGGACCUUGGCAUGAACACUGAUGGAGGAUUUGGUGAGUUCAUUCGAGUACCUCCUGAGUGGAUCGUGACACCAAAUCCCUUUGCCUCGGGCGACGAAACCGACCACGAGGCAGCUGCGAAGACAUCUAUGGUGUACGGGACGGCCGGGCUGACGGCCGGCCUCAGUGUCCAAAAACUGCUGGCGACCGGAAAGGCCGAUCCCUCGGACGGAAAGGUGCUGGUGACGGGGGCGACUGGGGGGGUCGGAUCGAUCGCCGUCGAGAUCCUGGCCAAGAUUGGUUUCGACGUUGUUGCACUCACCGGGAAGAGGGAAGAAACUGACAAGUUGAUGGAACUGGGGGCGAGCGAAGUGGUGGUGAGUGGUGCGAAAUAAACGAGAAUUACAAUACGAUACGACCCAAUCUGGUGCAAUGCAAUUGGUAUUCAGAGAUCCUUUAUGUAGUAGUUCACUUCUACAUACAGUUUSGCAGUUGGCGUCUAUUGACACAUUUUGUUGCUGUUCUCUUCUCUCUUUUCAUCGAAAUCUGGCACUUCAUUUUCCGUUUCGAACGAAAUCGAAUUUUCUCUUCACGAACUACUCAUGCAAUAAACAACUCACGAAUCGCAGGGUCGAGAGGCUCUUGAACCGACCAAAAAACCCAUGCUCCGACCGCUAUACGCCCACGCUAUCGACACGGUCGGUGGGAGCCCGCUGGCCGAAAUUCUCAAGCAAAUCAAGCACGGUGGGAGUGUCACAGCGUGUGGCAACGUCGCCGGGAUGGCGUUGGAAACCAAUGUCUUGCCCUUCAUUCUGAGGGGCGUCCAGCUUCUUGGCGUCGAUUCGGUCGAGAUUUCUCUCGAGGAAAAACAGAGUGUCUGGGAAAAGCUCUCCGGCGAAUGGAGGUGUUUCAAGUCCGAAGCCUUCGCGAAGGAGAUCGGACGAGACGGGUUGGAUGAGUCAUUGAAAUGCAUGCUUGAAGGAAAUGCGUCUGGAAAGGUUGUUCUGGUCCACCGAUUGACAGCCGAUAGCAGCACAAGCCACAGCAAGCUGUAAAACAUGCAUGCGUUGAAGGACACUUUUUGUACGAUAAGAUACGUAAGACGGUGAUAAGAAAGGUGCCAAAGCAGACGCCAUUCAAACGCGAAACCUUGAAUUGGAUUGUUCAUUUCGUUUGAUUCAAUACUUCGUAUGUUUAAAUAGAUAUUCUGAUAAUUU